AUGGAGAUUGGAUGGAUGAACAAUCGAAGACAGAGGCAAGUCCUAAUUUUCUUUGUUUUGCUCAGUUCGUCUAGGGCAGGCGCUGAGUUGGGGCCUUAUUCAGUGAUGGAAGAAAUGGAGAGAGGUUCCUUUGUGGCAAACCUAGGGAUAGACCUAGGGGUGGGAUUGGCAGAACUGUCUACCCGAGGGACUCGGAUCAUUUCUCCUGGAAACAAAGAGUAUUUGCAGUUGAAUGUUCAGACUGGUAAUUUGCUAAUAAAUGAGAAACUAGAUAGAGAGGAGCUAUGCGGCCCCGCUGAGCCUUGUCUACUACAUUUCCAAGUGUUAAUGGAAAAUCCCUUAGAGAUAUUUCAGGCUGAACUGAGAGUGACAGACAUAAAUGAUCAUUCUCCAGUAUUUUCCGAAAGAGAAAUGACUCUAAAAAUACUGGAGAACAGUCCUCUAGGAAAUGCGUUUCCUCUGAAGAAUGCUCUAGACUUGGAUGUAGGAAGCAAUAAUGUUCAGACAUAUGAAAUCAGUCCCAACUCCCAUUUCCGGGUUCUAACCAGCAAGCGCAGCGACGGCAGAAAAUACCCUGAACUGGUACUGGAUAAAGAACUAGACCGUGAGGAGGAGCCUGAACUCAGAUUAACCCUCACGGCGCUGGAUGGAGGCUCUCCACCCAGGUCUGGGACCACCCAGAUCCGCAUUGAAGUUGUGGACAUAAACGACAAUGCCCCAGUGUUUGAGCAAUCUCUCUACAAGGUACAGUUUCCCGAGGACAGUCCCAUAGGUUCCCUGGUUGUCAAGGUCUCUGCCAUUGAUUUAGACAGCGGAGUCUAUGGGAAAAUAUCAUACACACUCUUUCAGCCUUCGGAAGAUAUUAGCAGAAUUUUAGAGGUUAACCCUAUCACCGGAGAAAUUCGACUGACUACACAAGUAGAUUAUGAAACAAUUCUGUUUUAUGAAGUGGACAUCGAGGCCACGGAUGGGGGAGGUCUUUCAGGAAAAAGCACUCUUCUCCUACAGGUGGUGGAUGUGAAUGAUAAUGCCCCAGAAGUGACUAUAUCUGCACUCACCAGCCCCAUCCCAGAAAAUUCGCUUGACAUUGUAGUUGCUGUUUUCAGUGUUUGGGAUCCUGACUCUGGGUUAAACGGGAAGACAGUUUCCUCCAUCCAAGAUGGCCUUCCCUUUCUUCUGAAACCUUCAGUCAAGAAUUUUUACACCCUGACAAUCGAGAGCUCACUAGACAGAGAAGUAAGAGCAGAAUACAAUAUCACCAUCACUGUCACAGACUUGGGUUCCCCCAGACUGAAAACCCAACACACCAUAAGGGUGUGGGUUUCAGAUGUCAAUGACAACGCUCCAACUUUCACUCAAGCUUCUUACACCCUGUACAUCAGAGAAAACAACAGUCCUGCCCUGCACAUGGGCACCAUCAGCGCCACAGACCAAGACACAGGCACCAAUGCCCAAAUCACCUACUCACUGCUGCCACCCCAAGACCCGCACCUAUCUCUCACAUCUUUGGUCUCUAUCAACGCGGACAAUGGACACCUGUUUGCUCUGAGGUCGCUGGAUUACGAGUCCUUGCGAUUCUUCGAGUUCCGCGUGGGCGCUGCAGACGCAGGCUCCCCAGCGCUGAGCAGCGAGGCGCUAGUGCGCGUAGUGGUGGUGGACGACAAUGACAACUCACCUUUCGUGCUGUACCCGCUUCAGAAUGACUCUACGCCCUGCACUGAGCUGGUGCCCAGGGCGGCCCAGAUAGACUAUCUGGUGACCAAAGUGGUGGCUGUGGACGAUGACUCGGGUCAGAACGCCUGGUUGUCUUACCAGCUGCUCAAGGCCACGGAACCCGGACUGUUCAGCGUGUGGGCGCACAACGGCGAGGUGCGCACCGCCAGGUUGCUGAGUGAGCGCGACGCGGCCAAGCACAGAUUGGUAGUGCUCAUUAAAGACAAUGGCGAGCCACCGAUGUCAGUCACCGUCACACUGCACGUGCUUAUAGUGGACGGUUUCUCACAGCCUUACCUGCCGCUUCCAGAGGUGGCCACGGACAAGGUCCAGGAGGAGUCGCUCACUGUCUACUUAGUCAUUGCAUUGGCGUCGGUGUCAUCCCUCUUCCUGUUCUCUGUGCUCCUGUUCAUCACAGUGCGGCUCUGCAGGAGAAACAGGGCCGCCUCCAUAGGUGAUUUCUCGGUGCCUGAGGGCCACUUUCCAGCCCACUUGGUGGAAGUCAGCGGGACCGGCACCUUGUCCAAGAGCUACCAGUAUGAAGUUUGUCUGACAGGAGGCUCAGGGACCAGUGAGUUCAAAUUUCUGAAGCCGAUUUUACCCAAUUUCCAAAAUCAUUCCCCUGGGUCAGAAAUAGAAGAAAACCCCAACUUUAGGAAUGAUUUUGGUUUCAGUAUUCAGUAA